AAUUUCAGAGUAAGUGAAGGAUUACGACCAACAUGUCAAGCAGCAGCAUUACACUGCAUGUAACGCCGACGUUCAACUCUGAAGAAGCUGCACAGGCCGCAGCCGAGUUCGUUUCGUCCCUCGAUAAUCUGCCUGGAGAGGUAGCGUUCUUACUGGAGGAGAUCAAGGAGAAGGAACACCGCAUAAAUCAGCUCAUUGGCAGAAUCAGCUCACGGCACACUGGUCUAGUCAAGCCUUUACGAAACAUCUAUACUCAUGGAUCUGCCAAUCUACCGCCGACUUCAGAUGAUGAUUUCAGCUUGCCUAUACCGCCUGGCGACCCCAUCCCGACUGCUCACUUAAAUACGAAGGACCAACAGGCCAUUACGAAGAUUCAGAAUGAGUGGGGUAAAAUUGAAGUUUUACAGGAGGAGAAAUGCCGACUAGCUGAUCGGUUGGAGAAGAUCGUCUCGCGGGCGAGGGAGAGAGGAAGGCAUGAAUGGUUGAAGGUUGGCGGAAUGGAUCUUGAAGAAGUGGAGAAGGAUGAAAAGAUGGGCAUGGUCAGCCUGGGAGAAUUUGGAGGUGGUGACUUGCUUCUGCCGCCGAGUGGACUUGGUAGCGGCACAGAUGGUCGUCCGCCUAAAAAACGGAAGCCGAACGCUCUUCCAUUGCCUUUACCAUCCAACCCAUUCCCAUCACAGUCCACUCCGAUCAUUCACCCACCAUCACAUUCCGCAAUGCUUCCUCCUUCUCUGCCUCAUUCUUCUCGCCCGUCUUUGACAGGUCGAGGAUCCCGACACGCUCGACACAUCUCCACGUCCACUUUGUCCGAAGACCCAGAUGUGGAUGGUGAUGGUGAGAUGGACGUGGAGAUGGGAGACGAAGGUGGAGGUGAUGGCGAGGCAGAUGACACGUUAUACUGUAUCUGUCAUCAAAAGAGUUUCGGGGAGAUGAUUGGAUGUGACAAUGAGGAAUGUGAAUACGAAUGGUUCCACGUCGGUUGUGUCAACAUGAGUGGACCUGCGCCGGAUACUUGGUACUGCCCAUCUUGCGUCAAGACGCUGGGGCUUGCAUCUAGCGAUGGCAAAAUGGCAGGGUCUAGAGAUAAGAAGGGACGAAAGAAAUGAUUUUGGAGACACUCUUUCUGCUGUAUCUUCGAUAGUUGCGUUGUAAUUGUCUGUUCACCUAAGUAUGCCUGUACGUAUAUGGUAACCAUGCAAGAUUCUUGAUCAA